UUUCGUGAUCGAACCUGGAAAGGUGUUCCCAGCGAAGACAACUCUUGUAAAAAUGGAUAAGACCAUCUCAGAAAACGGUGAAACGGUUGCCGACGGAUCGAUUCGUGGAUAUGAUUCGCUGCAUCAGCUCUUAUCCGAGAAUCUGAAGCCUGAGCUCUAUCAGGAGGUGAGCCGAUUGCUCCUUGGAAGUAACUGUGGGAGGAGAUCGCUUGAACAGAUUGUUUUGCCAGAUUCUGUAAAAUCCUUCUCUUUAGAACAUGAUUUUGAUCUACAGGCUGUUAGAUUUUCAGCUGAUAAAGAGCAAAUGCGAAAGCCUCGAGUGGUCAGAGUUGGUCUCAUCCAAAACUCCAUUGCUCUUCCAACUACUGCUCCAUUCUCGGACCAAAAAAGAGGAAUAUUCGACAAGUUGAAGCCGAUGAUAGACGCUGCAGGUUUUGCUGGUGUCAACAUACUGUGCUUACAGGAAGCUUGGACUAUGCCAUUCGCAUUCUGCACAAGGGAGAAGAAAUGGUGUGAGUUCGCAGAGCCUGUUGAUGGCGAAUCAACAAAGUUUCUUCAAGAACUAGCCAGAAAGUAUAACAUGGUGAUUGUGAGUCCUAUUCUCGAAAGAGACAUCGAUCACGGUGAAGUACUUUGGAAUACCGCUGUGAUAAUAGGGAACAACGGAAAUAUCAUAGGCAAGCAUCGAAAGAACCACAUACCGAGGGUUGGAGAUUUCAACGAGAGCACGUAUUACAUGGAAGGAGACACUGGUCAUCCUGUCUUUGAGACGGUGUUUGGGAAAAUUGCAGUUAACAUAUGUUAUGGAAGACACCAUCCUCUAAAUUGGUUGGCUUUUGGUCUAAAUGGUGCCGAGAUUGUCUUCAACCCUUCAGCAACUGUUGGUGAACUCAGUGAACCAAUGUGGCCGAUUGAGGCAAGAAACGCUGCGAUAGCAAACAGUUACUUUGUGGGAUCCAUUAACCGAGUUGGAACCGAAGUGUUCCCCAAUGCUUUCACGUCAGGCGAUGGUAAACCGCAGCACAAUGAUUUCGGUCAUUUCUAUGGGUCAAGCCAUUUCUCUGCACCGGAUGCUUCUUGCACACCGUCUUUGUCCCGUUACAAAGAUGGUUUGAUGAUCUCAGACAUGGAUCUCAAUCUCUGUCGGCAGUACAAAGACAAAUGGGGAUUUAGAAUGACCGCGAGAUACGAACUCUAUGCCGAUCUUCUCGCUAAGUACAUGAAGCCAGAUUUCAAGCCUCAAGUUGUCUCUGACACAAUGCUCCACAAGAAUUCUUCUGUGGACUAUGGGAUCCGUCAUCCCUCUAUCCGGGAUUUUGAAGCGUACCCAGAUGAGACUGAGUUUCGCGGAUGCUCUAAAUCCAGAAAAAUAAUGCAAUCUCUCACUAUAACUCGACACCCGACUUCAAUUUCCCCGCCAAGACUCGAUCUUUACCCGCUGAGACGUAUCGCAGCUUUUUCUGUUCUCUCUCCUCCGGCCACCGUUAACAGCCGUCGCGGGAUGGCGUCUCGUCGUGAGUCUGCUUCAUUUAAGUCACUCGCCACUCGUCAGGAUUCAAUCGGCGAUGAUGAUGAUGGAUACUGUACUCUCGUAGACUUUGCAGGUAAUGGAGGAGGAGGAGGGAGAGAGGGGACAAAUGUAGGAGAUGAUCUUGUGGUGUUGCUCUACCAUUUACAGCAUGCCUGCAAAAGAAUCGCUUCUCUCGUCGCGUCCCCUUUCAAUUCUUCACUUGGAAAGCUCUCUGUUAACUCAUCCAGUGGCUCAGACCGAGAUGCGCCUAAACCGCUCGAUAUUGUCUCGAACGAUAUCAUCUUGUCAUCUCUUAGAAACUCCGGGAAAGUAGCAGUAAUGGCUUCCGAGGAAGACGAUAGCCCCACUUGGAUAAAAGAUGACGGUCCUUACGUUGUGGUUGUAGAUCCUUUAGACGGAUCACGUAACAUCGAUGCUUCGAUACCCACGGGAACUAUAUUUGGGAUUUACAACCGCCUCGCUGAGCUUGACCAUUUGCCAGUUGAAGAGAAAGCUGAGCUCAAUUCUCUGCAGAGAGGAAACAGGCUUGUAGCUUCCGGUUACGUGCUCUACUCUUCAGCCACGAUACUCUGUGUUACUCUCGGCUCCGGAACACAUGCCUUCACGCUUGAUCAUUCCACUGGCGAAUUCGUUCUUACCCAUCAAAACGUUAAGAUCCCCACUCGAGGACAAAUCUACUCAGUGAACGAUGCUAGGUACUUCGACUGGCCAGAAGGUUUGAGGAAGUACAUUGAUACGGUGCGACAAGGGAAAGGCGAAAACCCAAAGAAAUACUCGGCGCGUUACAUUUGUUCUUUGGUGGCUGAUCUUCACAGGACUCUGUUAUACGGCGGAGUGGCUAUGAAUCCAAGAGACCAUCUCCGUUUAGUCUAUGAAGGAAACCCUUUGGCUUUUCUCGUGGAACAAGCUGGUGGUAAAGCCUCUGAUGGAAAGAGAGGGAUACUUUCGAUACAGCCUGUGAAGCUUCACCAGAGAUUGCCUCUGUUUCUUGGGAGCGUUGAGGAUGUGGCUGAGCUUGAGAGCUACGGGGAUGUGCAGCAGACUGUGAAUCCUGGCUACGAAAGAUCCGGAGCGAUCGAUCCGGGUUCUGGGUUCGGAUCUUCGAAAAGGGUGAAGACGCAUCACGCGCAGCUCCUCUCGCCUUUGAUUGUACCGGUGGGACACGCGUCGUUUCGAUUGCUGUGCCCCUUGUCGCAGGUCGGUGCGGUGAUUGGAAAAUCCGGUAGCGUGAUCAAACAGCUCCAACAGUCAACCGGAGCUAAGAUACGGGUCGAGGAGCCUCCGUUUGGGUCUCCGGAUCGGGUCAUCACGAUCAUAUCACAAGUGGAUUCAGGGUCUAGGGUAAAACUAGGUGUUUACAACAGUAGAAACGCAGAAGCGGAGAAGAAGGAGGAGGAAGUUGAGGUAUCUAAAGUACAAGCAGCGUUGAUUCGGGUUUUCGAAGUUUUAGCUGCAGAAGCCGAUAGUGAAACGGUGGUUUGCCGACUGUUGACGGAGUCUAGCCAUGCGGGGGCUGUGAUAGGCAAGGGUGGUCAAAUGGUUGGGAGCAUUAGGAAAGAAACUGGCUGCAAAAUUGCGGUACGGGCUGAGAAUUUGCCGAUUUGCGCUGAUGCUGAUGACGAGAUGGUGGAGAUUGAAGGUAAUGUUAUGGCUGUGAAGAAAGCUCUUGUAUCCGUCUCCCGUUGCCUGCAAGAUUGUCAACCGGUAAACACGGUAAGGAUGGUCGGAAACAGACCUCUUGAAAAGGAGAUCGAAGCAUCUUUGCAUAGGCCCAUAGAAACAAUUAUUCAGGAGUCUCUUCCUAGGUCCGUUGUUGAAGAUUACGAUUACAGACCGAGAACAGCUGAAAUGUUUCCUCGUGGCGCUUUCGCUCGGCCUAAUGAUGUGAUUCGUCACGAUGCUUUGCAUCAUACGCAUAGGCAUAUCGAGGCGGACCGUCAAGAUGCUUUGCAUCGUAGGCACGUCGAGGCGGACCGUCAAGAUGCUUUGCAUCGUAGGCAUGUCGAGGCGGACCGUCACGAUGCUUUACGGAGGCAUAUCGAGGCGGAACAGCGGCAAGAUGCUUUACGCAGGCAUGUUGAGGCGGAACAGCGGCAUGAUACUUUGCGCAGGCAUGUCGAUGUGGCUCCUCGAGAAACUUUAUACAGGGCUUCUGAUGUUGUCAGGGGAGAUGUUCAUCUACAGCGUAGAGAGGUGGAUGAUUCUCAUGAGUCCUUGCAUAGACCAUUCGAGAUGGUUCAACGUGAUGCUAUGGGGAUGCCUUUUGAGUCGUAUCCACGUGAUGCUUUUGGGAGGCGUGUUGAAACAGUUCCACAAGAAACUCUUCGUCGGUCAACUGCAGAUUUUCUUGCGCAUCGUUAUUCAACUAUAGAUACACAUCAUCAGAACAGUAAUACCUCUGCUUCAAUGACUAACGCUGCCACCAUGAAACCACCUCUGUCAGAAGUGGAAGUAGGGAACCAAGAAGUGGUUUUUAAGAUACUUUGUUCCACUGAAAGUGCUGGCGGAAUUAUCGGGACAGGGGGUAAAGUUAUCAGGAUGCUUCAUAGCGAGACAGGUGCCUUCAUAAAUGUGGGAAAUACGGUUACUGACUGCGAAGAACGUUUAAUUUCAGUUACUGCACCAGAGAACCCUGAAUCUCAAAGUUCGCCUGCCCAGAAAGCUACUGUCCUUGUUUUUACUAGAUUAUUUGAGCUUGCGACAAAAAAAAUCUUAGACAAUGGCCCAAGGACAUCUAUCACUGCACGGCUUGUGGUCCCAACAAGUCAGAUUGGUUGUUUGCUGGGAAAAGGAGGUGUUAUAGUAACGGAAAUGCGGAAAACCACUGGGGCUGCAAUUCAAAUUUUGAAGGCUGAUCAAAAUCCAAAAUGUGUUUCAGAAAACGAUCAAGUUGUGCAGAUUUCAGGGGAGUUUCCGAAUGUGAGAGAAGCCAUUUACCACAUUACGAGCAGGCUGCGAGACAGUUUUUUCUCAAAAUCAAUGGAAAAUUCCAUAACCAAGAGCAACCCCACCUUAACUACAGAGAGAAGCUACCACGGACAAUCAGAUACUCCUCUGUCUAUUGGGUCUCAACAAUCCUUUAGUCAUCCACCUACCAUUUCCACAAGUCUGCGCAGAAGAUCUGAGGAUUCAUUUUUAGGUGGGCCUCAUUCAUCAGUUAACUAUUCGAGACCUGUUGGCACAGAUCCUUACUUAAGACCAGAAGACCCGAUUCCUGAUCGGUUUAUUCCAUCAGCAGGCUAUUCUCCUAAUUUUGGUCCGCGGUCCACUAUGGACCACAGUGACAUCUCCCAUCAGUUAACUGAGACCGCAUCUCGUAUGUGGGCAUCCCCGCCACCAGCAGCUCCUAGAGGCUUAUCUGAUGCCAGUGGCGGAUUAUCUUCGGCAAGGGCUGGCCUUGUACAUGGCAGUGGACACAAAUCUGCCAUCGUUACAAACACAACUGUAGAAAUUAGAGUCCCGGAAAAUGCUAUGAGCUUUGUGUAUGGAGAGAAUGGCUACAAUCUGGAGCAACUGAGACGGAUAUCGGGUGCGAGGGUCAUAGUCCAUGAACCUCCUCUAGGAACAGGUGACAGGAUCAUUGUCAUAUCAGGGACACCUGAUCAAACCCAGGCUGCUCAAAACCUCCUUCAUGCUUUCAUCCUUACAGGUGAAACCUCAUUGUCCAAAAAAUACAACCUAAACUAGAACCACACAGUUUUCACCAUACAGAAAACAGAAAAAAAAAUAUGCGAGCUCACACCUGUUUCUUGUUUUCUAUACUCUUUUCGUUUCGUUUGGAUCUUCUGAACUCUUGUACAACAUCUUUUUUCCAUUUUAAAUAACUUUGAUGGAAUAAGUUCGAUGUCGUCUCUAAAUUUUUCUUCUUUUAUCACACAUGAUUACUACGUGGAAUUGAGAUUUGAUUGAAAAUAGCUAGAGGUAGUCCUUGCUAUAGAAACCGUUGAGUUGUAUCACGAACUUUUUCAGUAGAAAAAUGUGCACAAAAUGAAAAACUUGAGAGCAGUGGUUUAACUGUUUUUGCUUUGGAGUGCUGAAAUUUGCUUGCAUAAUCGCAUUAUAUUUUACUGUUCUUGCUGUUUCAGCUUGUCUCGCCUUCAUAAGCUAUGAAAUUGGUAGAAAAAUUACAGCAAGUUUACUCUUUUAAGUUCCAUGAUCAAAGCCAUAGAAUAAAUUCACAGUUUACAGAGUUUCACUGAUGGUUUUGUGAGACCCUUCACUAUAUAGCUUUUCACAUUCUCUAAAACCGCUUUUUCUUUCUUUAAUUAAUCUGUAGCAAAACUACAAUAAAAUAUGAAAUAUAAAGAUUCCAAGCAAUCCUCUACACAACUCACAAUUACUAGCGUAAUUAAUAGAAAUGCAAAAUUAAGAUUUCAUGUGCGAAAUUGGUUGUCACGAAAGCGUAAACACUGAAAUUUGGGUCUAUCAAGAGUCUACUCUAAGAGUGUUUGUUCCGUUGAAAAUUCUUAUUAUUUUGUACCCUACGUUUUUGUUCGUUAUCAUCCAAAGAAGAAGGUCCUCCGUGGAGUUAAACCAACCAGACAGUGCCAGAGUCAGAUGUGGAGCUUAUGUAUGAUGUUUUAGAUGUUUCACAGAUAUUAAGAAAAUAAUUAUUAUUUACUUUUUUAAAAUAUUUUUUGUGUGUUUAUUAAUUUAAUACUAAUUUUUUAUAUUUUUUUAUUUAAAAAGUUAUCUUGGAAAUAGAAAUAUAUUAAA